CCACUUCUCGUUACAGGUGUCAGCCACAAAUUCUUCCAUUCAUGUUGGCCCCUGCUUUUGCUUCUUCUGCAUAAACAAUUCCCCAUCCAUUCUGACACUCUCACUUCACUCAUCCCUUCUGCCAGUUUUGCUCACUGAACGCUUUGGCUGAGAAAAUGAAGAUCUUCAACUGGGUGCACAGGAAGUUUGGUCAUAACGUUAUUAAAGAUGGUUUUACUCGAAAUGUGAAAAAGACCGAAUCCAUUGCCAUUGACAGUAAUACAAAAGCAUUACUCGAACAAGUAGCUUUGGUGGAUGUGCUUGAUGGCUGGAAAGACGGAAUUCUAACAAUUGGGACGUUUGGUUUUGAUCCAAUAAAACCAUUCGACCAACCAGAGGACUCCUUUAUUUUCGAAAGUGAGGAAGAAGAAGAGGAAGCUGAGAAUGAUUCAGUUAACAAAGAUGAUGAUCUUGAUGAAGACGACAACAUUAUUGUUGAAGAAGAAGAAGUGAACCCAUUGAUUUUCACGACAUUUGGACAUAAUUUUAAGGAUAUUGCAUCUGCUGCUGCUGCUGGACAUGUUGAGAAAGGUGGUGUCCCAUCAACGCCAUUUGUUGGCUCCUCUAAUGAACUCAGAUUUGAGGGCAGCACGGAUAGCGAGAAAGGAAAUAAUAGAAGAAGGACAACACUUGCAGACCUUUUCUCAGAGGACUCCGGUAUCAAUUAUAAGAAGACAACUUCGGUUGAAGUGGAGCAAAAUGCUGGCAAAAAACAGUCUGCUCGCACAAAGAAUGGCCUCUCAAUUGCUAAGAAAUUCAUCCCUAAUGUCAAAGAGGAUUCACGUCCCAUCAAGAAAAUACACCAAAUGAUGAGGAGGAUGUUGAAGAGGAAGAUCCAUCCAGAGCUUGAAGGCAAGGCUAGUAAACCAGAAGCUCAAAACAAGGGCAGCGUUGUUGACCUUCUUGGCAGGAAAAACGAAACUGUUGAAUGGGUUUCUUUACUUCCGAUUCCAGAUGCUACAGUUUGAGCUUUUGCGUGCUUUGACCUAGUUGACCGGAAUGCUUUCUGUUAUUGUGUAAGAUUUAAAUAUUUUUGUAUGGGGAAUAAUGUUAGUCAGGUUUGUGCAAAUGGGGAAUUGUGUUGUGCUUUGUAAUUUUAUUUUAUUUUCUGUGGUUUUGGUAUUAGUGUCUGUACUUAACUGGUUGUAUGUUUGUCGCAACAUUGUUAACGGGGUUUAAUUGGUUUAUGUUUUGAGGAAAAUAUAUAUGAUGCAUCUCCUCAAGCCAA